CCAGAUCAUCCACCGCGAUAGACAGACCAGUUAUAUGUUUACCGCUGGUAGACGCAUCCCCCAGUGCGAGAUGCGAUCUGGGACCCUCCGCGACCUUCUCCCCCGUCUUCAUUCGCUCCUGCCAUGAUCAUCGAGUGCGUGCCCAACUUCUCCGAGGGAAGGAACAAACAGGUGAUCGAGGCGAUCGCAGAUGCGGUGAGGGGGACGGACGGGGCGACGCUGUUGGACGUCGACCCCGGUCCGUCCACCAACAGGACGGUGUACACGUUCGUGGGGAGCCCCGGGGCCGUCGUCCAGGCGGCGCUCGACGCCGCCAAGGUCGCAUGGAGUCUCAUCGAUAUGACCCAGCACAAAGGCUCGCAUCCCCGCAUGGGCGCCCUGGACGUGUGCCCCUUCGUCCCCGUCCGAGACGCCACCGUGGCGGACUGCGUGGCCUGCUCCCGCGAG